AUGGGAAACUGCAUUCUGAAAACUGACGAUUGUGACACGACGAUUUGCUUAAAUCCUCAUCAAUUCGAUUUCCAUUAUCCAAUUGGUAGGAGUUCUUUUAGCAAAGUUUGGAAAGUCACCCAGAAAAAUUCAAAGCAAGUGUAUGCCUUGAAGGAAAUCCUAAAAUCAAGAGUAGUAGCACAAAGACACGUUAACUCUGCCCUAAAUGAAAAAGAGAUGCUAAGCGUUCUACGUCAUCCGUUUAUGACUAAUAUGCACCAUGCUUUCCAAAGCCAUAGUCAUCUUUAUCUUACUAUGGACUUCAAGCAUGGAGGCGAUUUACGGUACCAACUUCUAAAACAUAAAUUUGUUGAGGAAGAAGCCAAAUUCAUCAUUUCAUGCGUAAUCAUUGGCUUGGAAUACGUUCAUUCCAAACAAAUCAUCCAUAGGGACUUAAAACCAGAAAAUUUGCUUUUUGACGAAAAAGGGUAUGUAUACUUAUCAGAUUUCGGGGAAGCAAAAAUAUGGGCCCAAGAGAACUCAAAUGAUGUAUCAGGAACUCCUGGAUAUAUGGCUCCAGAAGUUCUUUGCCAACAAAACCACUCUUAUCCUGCAGAUUGGUUUGCAGUCGGUGUUAUCUUACAUGAAAUCAUCACGGGUUCCAGACCUUUCCCGGGAAAAAAUUUAAAAGAAUUUAAAGAAAAGAUCUUAGAAAGCCAAGUGCAAUUAAACGUAGACACUUUAUCCACUUCUUGGUCUAAAGCAUGCGAAGAUUUUGGGUAUCUUAAAAAAACCGAGUGCAGUCAAAAAUGAACUUUUUCUAAAGUAAAACACUCAUCGUUAAUUUUUAUUUUUCCAAAAAAUACGAGGAAAACCCAGCAAGAUGUUUUCCCAGAAUACAUAUAAAGCCCCUUUAAAAUUUUUAUUACUAUUUUUUUCCUCUUGUUUGGGGAGGAAAAAAUUUCAAAGGCCAUUAGCAAAUAUUUGCACAAUUUCUCAUUCAUUUUUAUUUAUUAGAGUAAAAUUAUUAGCAUAUAUAAUCUGAAAAUAUAAGGUUAUCUAGAUAUCUCCAUUUACCUAUUUGAUAGAAACUUUUUAACAGAUAGAAUUUUUUCUGAAGAAUCAAAAAAUAUUAAUAAGUUUUAUGUUGCGGUUUUUCCCCUUAAAAAACAAAGAGUUCCAUUUUCAAUCAUUUUUGAUUAAAAAAAGUAUAGCAAAAAUCAAUAAAUUUUUUUCGGAGCCGCCCAAGAGAUUUUGUAAAUCAAUUAAUCCAAACAAACCCUCAAAAUAGACUUGGGUUUAGAGGGGUUGGUGAAAUAAAAAAUCAUCCAUGGCUAAAGGAUGUAGAAUGGGAUAAAGUUCUUAAAAAAGAAGCUAAUCCGAGAUUUGUCCCUAAGAGAGGGAACAAUUUCAAUAGAGAGUAUGUAAACGAAGACUGGAAUGAUGGGAUUAAGCCAAAAUGCGAUUUUAAACAAGAGAUGUUUGCAGGCUACUUUUAUGUGGAGAUGCCUCACUUUCAGAAUGUAGAUAAUAACCAGAACACACAUAUGAGAAAUAAAAGCUCUUUUGUUCAGCCUCAUAUUCAAAGUGGAAGUUCGAGCAAUCAAAGGGCAAGAGGAAAAAGCUCUGUACGUGGAUAA